AGAUGUAAAAUCUUUUCUUUCUUCAUGUCAACCCAAGUAAAAUUGUUUAAUGUCCUUUAAAAGAAUUUGCAUUUUUGGCACAUAAUCAUUCUAGAAUGUUCAUUUAAGUGAAAACAGAACCUUUAAUAAGAGGCAUAUUUAUUAUGAUGUGUACCUUUCUGUCUGCAGGUGAUUUAUUGCUGUUAAAGCUCAGCAUGGCAGUAGUCAUCCGUUUACAGGGACUCCCAGAUAGUGCUGGGACAGCAGAUAUUCGAUGGUAUUUCCAAGGACUGUUUAUUCCUAAAGGGGGAGUGCAUAUUAUUGGUGGAACAUUUGGUGAAGCAUUCAUUGUUUUUGCAUCAGAUGAACAUGCACGACUUGCCGUCAGUCGUUCAGGAGGCAUUGUCCAAGGAUCCAGAAUUAAUUUGUUUCUCAGCAGCAGAGCAGAGAUGAAUAGUGCAAUAGAGAUGAGUCACAAGCUUGCUGAGGAAGAAGCAGCUUAUGAGAUUGAUGCAGUUGUUAAUCAGUGCAGAUCCGCUGUGCCCAAUUGUCAGUUAGACAGCACUGGCAAUAAUAGUAAUAUGUCAUGGUGUAAUUCUGGGCCCAGUUGUAAUAGUGCAACAAAUUCUGCACCUUGUAAGCCUACAGCAUAUUUGUUUGUAUGUGGUAUGCCAGAGUCCAUUUCAGAACAUGAAAUAAAAGUAUUUUUUCACAAAUUGAAUAUUCUUGAAGUCAUAUUGCUGAUAAAUGUUAAUGGUCAGACUACGGGUGAUUUCUUUGUUAAGCUUUCUUCUCCUCAAGAUGCAACAGAAGCAGUGAUGCGUGGUAAUGGGAAACAAAUGGGAUCCAGAAUUUUGAGCGUUGCUUAUGCUACUGAAUCUCAAUGGAUAGCUGCAGGAGGUCGUGUUGGAGUACCUGCAGUUGAAGGCAUGCCUAAAAUGGCACCCAGUCAUUCAUUUCCUGAAAGGUAUUCACCAUCACAAUCUUGGUGUCAGUCUCCUAAGACAUGUGUGUCUUCAUCCUGUGAUGACAAGCCUAAAAAAGCACCCAGGUAUUCAUCGUCUAAAAGCUACUCGCAAUCACGAUCUCGGUCUAGAUCUCCUAAGAGAUACAGAUCCUCAUCCCAUGACAAGGCUAAGAAAGCACACAGGCAUUCAUUGUCUAGAAGUUAUUCCCGGUCACGAUCUCGGUCUCGAUCCCCUAGGAAGUAUAAAGACUCGUAUCUUGAUGACAGACCUAAAAAAGCAUCCAAGCGUUCCGUGUUGAAAAAUUAUUCACGAUCAAGAUCUCAGUCUCGAUCCCCUAAGAAGUACACAUCCUUAUCCCGAUCGUGCUCACCUCGUAAGCAAGACUUCUACAUUCGUAUGAAACAUUUGAUCGACAGCAUUGAAAAAAGGGACAUAAAGAAGUUUUUCAAAGGUGCAGAGCUGACAGAUGAUCAGAUUCGUUUCCUUUACAAUGAACAGCAUAGGAAAACAGAAGCUUUUGUAACAUUUAAGAAAGAAAUUGAUUAUUUCAAUGCAUUGUGCCGUCACAAAGAACCUCUUAAUAACUGUACUGCUUACAUCUUUCCCAUUAGUAAGAAAGCAAUGCUCGAUGAACUUAAGCACCUGGAAACAACUAGGAAGACUGAAAACAGAGAGAGAAAGAGGAGUGUUUCACAUGCAUUUCAAAAAAACUGUUUAUAUGUUCGAAACCUUCCUUGUGAUGUUUCAAAAAAUGAUGUUAAACAGUUUUUUUAUGGAUUUGAUCUUUCAAAUAAUGAUAUUCAUUUACUUUGUGAUACUGCAGGUGUAGGACUUGGUGAGGCAUUAGUUCAGUUUAGAUCUGAGGAUGAGGCAGCUAAAGCUGAACUCUUAAACCGUAAAACAUUUUUGGAAACAGAAGUAUUGUUAAGACUGAUAACAAAAGAACAAAUGAAGAAACUGAGUACAAAUAUUCUUCCAGAACUGCCCAAACCUUCCCCUUCCUUGAGUGAUUCUGCAGUUAAUAAAACUGUUCUUCCUCAAAGUGGUUCUUAUUGUAGCCAAAUGAUUAGCUUUCCUGAAGUUAUGUUCCAGCCACAUCAGCAUGAGUUUCUGCAGAAUGCUGUUAAUGUGAAGACUGCUGCUGCAAGUGUGAAGUUAGAAAAUUUGCCCUUUAUGGUGAACUUUGAAGAAGUUUUUAAUUUCUUCCAUGGUUACCACAUAUUGCCAGAGUCUCUGACAAUACAGUCUAGUCUAGAUGGAACAGAAGCUGUAAUAAUUUUAAGAAGCUAUGAGGAAGCAGUGGCAGCUGUUCAGCAGUUGAAUGGCAGACCUUUGGGAAAAAAUAAAAUUCGGGUCAGUCUGGUUUAAAACUAGCAGAGCUUAGAUUUUUCAAUAAAACAAAGCUAUAGAAUGCUGAAAUAGUGCCAUGUGCAUCUGUAAAAGUGACAUAAAAAAUAUUCCGAAAUGUAUAUUGUUAUCAGAAUUUACAUAGCCAUGGUUGUAACAAUGAGAAACCUGAUAGUGGGUCUACGUUUCAGUUCAUCUUUAUAUUCCAGUGUUGCAUCCUUUCUCUGAAACACCUUUGCUUUUUUUGGGGGAUGUGUAUACUCUACUUCAGUAUAUGUAGCAUGUCAUUAGGAGCUACAGUAAGACCCUGUAUUUACUGUCUGAGCCCAGUUUCUUCCCCCUUGCUACUUGGAUAGUUUAGAUCUUGGUUCUGAAAUUCUUCUAGAGGAAAAGACCCUGUGUUCAUUUUUUUAACGGAAAAAAAACUUUAAUCUUGUUCACAUGGCUACCAUAUUACAGCCAAGGCACUUGUGGCAGUGUCUGUUUUGCCAGGAGGAGGUAUAAAAUACGAAACGCUGCCAUACGUACAAGCAAUUGAGCCAAUCCAACUGUAGGCAGAGGAUGGAGAAAUUCACUGGCCUGUUUUUAAUACCAGAAGAAUGAUGUGGUUGUAAGUUUCUAUGGUAGGGAUUGGUGAGACCACGCACAGUACCAUAGCACCAGCAAAAGGCUAAGUAUAUGGACAGUGGAUUUCCUUAAUCUCAGUGCAUUGUGAUCUCAUCUAUUACUACUGUUGAAUUACGUUCAUAGCCCUCCUCCACUCCAUUGAAUGAUGACAAAUGACAUGGAGGAGAACCACCCUGAUUUCCCAUGGGGUGGUUGGUGGGUAUUCCAGGGUGUAGGCAACGCUCAUUGGCUGUACUUUUUAAUUGGAGGACACUGCAGCCAGCCUGAGCCCAUAUAGGCCCUUGAGACAACUGGCCACAGUUGAGUGGUUGAACUCAGGACUGGGAGCUGUGCUCUGUAGGCCUCCCCCUUCCAGGUCUAGUUUUAUUUAUUUAUUUUUUUGGCCUCUGUUGAGGAGUGUUCAUUGCAUCUUAUGUUGAAGCUCAAAUUUCUUGCAUUAGACUACACACAGUUACUGCAAGUCUGGUAAGACCAAGCCACUUGACUGUAUAAUAUCUUUAAGAUACAUGCUUUGAUGCCAGCAUCUGACAUGAUUCAUUCCUUGUGUUCCCAGAAACUUUUGCCUGUUGUAUAUCUAACCCCACGCAUGUCCUCUGAGUACAAACCUGUCACUUUUAGAUCUGUAGGAGAGCAGAGACUUCUCUUCCCCACAGUCAGAGGAUUUAGGUCCAAGAUUAGUAAUGAACAUUAUACCCCUCUUGAGUAAUGAACAUUAUACCCCUCUCCCCACGCACACCUUUUAACUUUUACCCACUGGAUAUCUCUCCUUUGGAGAAAUCUUGAUGAUUAAGAAGUCAUCCAAGGAUUGGUCUUUGCCCCUAUUUCUCCCCAGAAGUGUAUUAAAAGUGCCUUAGACGUAGGAGGAAACCUAUAUCAUAACCCCCCGCCCCCCAGUGAAAGUAGUGCUUUUUGCCAAGGAUGAAAUACAAGUUUAUUGAAAGCACCCAGAUUCUUCUGCUUUAGUUUCGGAGCAGGUCGAUUUAUUUUUUAAACCCCAGGCUUAAUGCAGAUGUUUUGUAUAGGCAUCCUAGAAUAGAUUGACACACUUAGUUGAGCUCAGCAUAAGGUGCGAUGAGGGUAGUAGUUUUCCUGCAUUGCCUCUAGACAGGUAGCCUAAAGCCUUUGAUAGGAGAGUACUUUUUUGUCAUUUUAUUUUGGUACCCCUCAGACGCUUGUCUUACCCGAGUAGAUUCUGUUUCUCUUUGGUAGUUAAGGCACUGGAAAAGCUUUCCUCCCACCCUUUGCUGGAAUUCUUGGUGGGAGGAGCUCAGAACUCUGUUCACAAUUUCUACAAUGGGAUACUGUGUUGCCUGUUACUUUGUGCUGAUGCCAGCAGGCUCAGACAGACGUUUGUGCAGGAUAACCUGGCUGAGGCUGUCCUGCUUAAAGGAUGAACUGUAACUGUUUACUCUCAAUGCCUAGAUUGAGUGAAGAGUUAAACUGAUAACCUACGUAAGGACACUCAUGAGUGCUGUGUUGAAUAGAAAGCUUGCCUUUAUUGCCGAUGACUUUUGUAAGCCUUUUUUGGUCUCUUCAGACUGUUAGUGGUAAAGCUAGCUAAACUGGAAGCUUGCUUGCAGAACAGUAAAGGCUUUCAAGUAUGACAUGGUCGUGCCAUGUCAAUCCACAAAGAUAAGAUGGCAACCUUACCAACUCAUCAGUUACAGCACUGUUUAUCUACAUUUGGCUUUUGGGGGACAGUUUCCUAGAGUUUACACUAGCUUGGAGACCCCAUCACAAAGGCCUAGUAGGUUAUUGAUGUCACUGUAGGCCAUUUGUUGGAUGUACAAUGUUCUUGAGACAAGCUCAGGAGGAAUAGAAGAUAGCCAGAGUUCAGUAUAAGGCCGAGUGUAACUGAAAAAUAGGAUGUGCUGUGUGAGCCUUUUUCAGGGGAUUGCUUCCUUCAGUACAGAGCUGAAAACACUAUUAUGCCAGCACAGAGAGCUCAGGAGAAAUAGGUCUUUAAUUUGGAGUUUUGGAUGAAGAUAAAGUUUAGGAUCCAGUCUUGGAUCCUGUUUAUAUCUCAGCGGUAUUGGCUGCUGCAGUUUUCCUGAAUUUUUUUUUUUUUUUUUUUCCCCUGGUGAUGCUUGUGUUAUAUUUGAGUGUGCAGUGCUAAAGGCUGUAGAGUCAACACAUGUCUGUUGAUCUUCGUGUGGUGUUAGAGCCUUAGUGUAAGAGCCUGGAAUGGUGCCAACUUUAAGGUUGCUCCCCUUCCUUACAAUUUGAAUGUUUUGCACUUUCAGACAAGCAGUGUUUUAUAGGCAGAGCAGAGAGUUCACAUCAACUACUUGACAGUUAUGGAAAUGGUACCCUGGAUAGAGCUGUGCCUAGUUUCCCUGGCAGUAAAAUUUUGGAAAAAAUGUGCCCUCUCUUAAUUUUUCUGACCAUUCUAUAACUCAUUACUGAAUGAAAAAGGGGUUAUUGAGAGGGGCAGUCUACAUCUGGAAGUGGACAGUUGACCAUGUCCGUUUUUGCUCAGGUGUCUGCAUCCAUAAUGAAAUGAUCAUUGGCAGGCUCUGAACAACUCUUCCAUUCUUUUGGAGUUGUGUGGAUUCAAGAGUCGUCUAAUUUGGAUCUUUUUGAAGUGAUGCAGGGGUCAUUCCCUGUGCCACGCUGGAGGAUGCCAUUUAUCUACUUUUUACUGGAGCACAAAGGUGAUAUGAUGCAUUUUAUUGUACAGCACAGGUUUUACAGUUCUUCAGACUUUUGACUAACAGAAGCCCUGCAUAAUAUACUAGUUACACGUUUUGGAUAUAGUGCUGUGAAUACCCACUUAUGCCAUUCUUUCUUUCUCAUAGGAUAAAGGAAUACUUAAAACUACUGCUUUGAAGAAAAAACUCUGCCUGUAGUGUGUGUGCUUAAGAAUAUCGCACGUACCUGGGAGACGUGUGUGUAUGUGUAUGAGAGGAACUUAAAAUGUAAACUUUAAUCAUGGCCUCUCUUAAAACAGAAAGUCCUCCCUGAAUGGCACAUCAGAACUGCUGCUCAUUUAAGAUGAGAAAAAACAUCCGUAUUAGUUUGUCAUCUACUCUGAUAUUAAAUGUGAAAUUGUCACGAUUAAUAGAGAUGUGCUGGAGCAUUCAUAAAAUCCAGAGGAGAACGAGGAAUAUGGAGAGUUAAAUUUAUAGGUGCUGUCUUAGCAUGAAGUCUUUUGAAACAAAUACAUUAUUUUAUAUGUGUCUGCAUGUGUAUAAUAUGCAUAUUACAGUGUGCG